GGCUGAGACUUGCACUCGCAUGGAGGAUCUCCCUCUUCAUCCCCUCGGUCGAGACCUCCACCGGUGCCCCACUGCUUCCGAGGUGGUGGAGGAAAUGAGAGCCAUCGGGGCGAUCUCUGUCCCGGCGGCUCUCACCGGUCUCGUCCUCUACUCGCGCGCCAUGGUUUCGACGCUCUUCCUCGGCUACCUGGGCGAGCUCGAGCUCGCCAGCGGCUCUCUCUCCAUCGGGUUUGCUAACAUCACCGGCUACUCCGUCCUCUCCGGCCUGGCCAUGGGCAUGGAGCCCAUCUGCGGCCAGGCCUUCGGCGCCAAGCAACGCAAGCUCCUCGGCCUCACCCUGCAGCGAGCCAUUCUGCUGCUCCUCUCCGCCUCCGUCCCCAUCUCCUUCCUAUGGCGCAACAUGAGGAGGAUCCUGUCUUGGUGCGGGCAGGACGAGCAGAUAGCCUCCGCCGCCCACGUCUUCAUCACGUUCGCCAUCCCUGACCUGUUCCUCCUCUCCUUUCUCCACCCUCUUCGCGUGUACCUGAGAUCUCAGAAUGUUACCUUUCCGGUCACCUGCUGCUCCGUCGUCUCCGUCGUCCUCCACAUCCCGUUGAACUACCUCCUCGUGGUGCGUCUCCGGAUGGGCAUCGCGGGCGUGGCUUUGGCCAUGGUCUGGACCAACUUGAAUCUCUUCGUCUGCUUGCUGCUCUUCGUGCUGUGCUCUGGCGCGUGCAAGGACUCGUGGGUGCGCCCCAGCAUGACCUGCCUCAGGGGGUGGUCGGCGCUGCUGAAGCUCGCCGUGCCCUCGUGCGUGUCCGUCUGCCUCGAGUGGUGGUGGUACGAGCUCAUGAUACUCCUCAGUGGCCUGCUUCCCAACCCCAAGGCUGCCGUCGCUUCCAUGGGCAUACUGAUCCAGACCACGUCGUUGGUGUACGUGUUCCCGUCGGCGCUCAGCUUCGGGGUGUCGGCCCGCGUCGGCAACGUGUUAGGAGCCAACCAUCCCGCCAAGGCCCGGACGGCCACCAUGGUGUCCUUGGCGUGCGCCCUCGUGCUGGGGCUGACGGCCAUGGCCUUCACCACGUCGAUGAGACAUCGGUGGGGGAGGCUGUUCACCGACGACGCAGAGAUCCUGAAGCUCACGACACUGGCGCUGCCGAUCGCCGGGCUGUGCGAGCUAGGGAACUGCCCUCAGACCACCGGGUGCGGCGUGCUAAGGGGGAGCGCGAGGCCGACCACCGGAGCCAACAUCAACCUGGGCUCCUUCUACUUGGUCGGGACGCCCGUCGCCGUGCUCCUGGGCUUCUUCCGGAGGAUGGGGUUCCCGGGGCUAUGGCUGGGGCUGCUGGCGGCGCAGGCAUCGUGCGCCACUCUCAUGGCGUAUGCGCUCGCCAGAACGGAUUGGAUGGUGGAGGCGGAAAAAGCCAGAGAACUGACGAAAACUUCCAACUCUCCUCCUCCUCCUCUCCCUCUCAUUCCUCUCACCGCUGCUACUAAUGCCAUCGCCGGCGGCAAUAAGAGUACAGCCGCACACAUCAUGAAUGGCGAUGUGAAGAGGCUCGGUGCUUCAGAAACGGCUCCCCUCAUUCCUGUGCGGGGUGAGUAGGUUUUCUGCCAUUACAACCUUUCUAUUCCCUCUCUCUUUUGGCAUUCUAAUUCUAAUCCGAUGCAUCGAUCGAGAGAAUAUACAUGAAACUCUAAAAGCUGGAGCUUUUGGUAGUUCGAUGCUGCUUCGCAGUGGAAAGCAGAUGCGACGGUCACUCUCAGCUCUGCCUUCUCCGGUCCCGCUUCAGAGAGCAGCAGCACAUGUACCACCACUGAACAUUCAUUCUCCCUCUCGGAGGUUUGGUUUCAGCAUUCCUCCGUACUUCUUUCACCUCGAAGCCAAUUAAUUUAAGUACAUCAGUCCCAUUUUCUUCCUCACAUGUGUCUGUCUUAAUUUCUUGACUUUUCAAUGCACAGAGUACCAUAAAGUGGCAUCGAAAGCAAUGUCAAGCAUUACAGUGUUAGAGUUGCUUUUCGAUAUGCUCUCGUACCAGUUUUCCUUCAAAAGAAUCGAAUCUUGCUUUAGAGCUUUCUCACCAUAUAAAACCUAUCGAUUUGGUUUGGUUCUUUGCAUUCUGAUUGCUUGAUCUAGUGCUUUUUUACUCUGUGCUUGUACUUGGCUUCUGGUGGAGUCAUGUGCAUGAGGCUUACCUCAUCCGGGUGUACCUUUUGUCUCCAAUAAAGGGGUCAGACGUUAGAUCUCUUGUGGGCGACAUGCAUAAUUACUCCUCGUAUAGAACUAUGCAUAUUGCUGCUGGGACGCAACUUGGCACUUGGAAGCUCAUAU